AUGACAAUGUCGACAAAUAUUGAGAGGCUUGAGAUAAAACCCAUUGUCAUUGGGCAACAUUGGGUAGUGAGGGUUUUAAUGGGGAUACCAUAUUUGCUUACUGUAUUGGUACUUGGGGGAUUGAAUGGAUUUGGUGGUCAUGCAAGCUCUUUCCCAGAGUGUUUGGAAACUGAACUAUCUGCUCUCAUGGAGCUCAAGGCUUCCAUGAACUAUCCAAAUGGCUCCUCCCUUCAGUCAUGGUUAGGGAGAAACUGUUGCCAAUUUCAAGGGGUGGAGUGCAAUGCAGGCACUGCUAGAGUGGCAAAGCUCUCUCUCAGUUGGGCUCGGUCGUACUGGCUUGAACCGUGGUCACUGAAUACCUCACUGUUCAUCCAUUUCGAUGAGCUUAUUCAUUUGGACCUUAGCUGGAACGAUAUAGGGGUUCGAUCAUCCUUUGAAGGAUUGGCUACAUUAAGGAAUUUGAAGUUCCUGGAUCUUACUAAUAAUAAGAUCGAUGGGAUCAUUCUUCCGUGUCUGCGCAACAUGUCAUCCCUCGAGUAUUUGGCAUUAGGUUACAUCGAUCUAUAUGGUCCUUUCCCAAUGGAAGAGUUGAUGGGAAUAAAGAACCUGAGCUACUUGUAUUUGAGUUUGAAUCACCUUAGUGGGAGCAUUCCUUCAUCUAUUGGUCUCCUCUCAAGCUUGAAAGAGCUCGAUCUCUCAAGAAAUGAACUCCAAGGCAGCAUUCCUCCAAGUAUUGGUGAUAUCGCUUCCCUUCAAAAACUAAAUCUCAUGGAAAAUAGAAUUGGAGGAGCUAUACCGGAUUCUAUAGGCCGAUUAUCUUCACUCACUCACCUAGAUUUAUCAUGGAACCAACUCGAAGGGCCCAUACCUCUCUCCUUAGAAGGCAGUUACAAUCUAACCAAGCUUUUUCUCUCAAAUAACCGUCUGAAUGGAUCAAUCUCUUUCGCCAUGUUUGCUAACCUUUCUAAUCUUUCCACUAUCGAUCUUUCGAGCAACAAUGAACUUACAAUUGAAAUUGAAGACAAACUUUGGGUUCCCUCGUUCCAACUCCAAUCAUUGAACCUAUCAUCUUGUAAGAUCAAGAACAAUAGCAUUCCAAAUUUCCUUUUGGCUCAAGAAGAGUUGCAGCAAAUUGACCUCUCCCAUAACAACUUGAUUGGGAGCAUCCCAACAUGGUUAAUGAGGAACAUCACAAUAAUAUUGGUUCUCAGAAAUAAUUCCUUUUCAGGCACCUUCCCAACAACUUCCAAGCGCAAUCUGAGUACCGUGUUCAUCGAUUUUUCUGUUAAUAACAUUGAUGGUGAAAUUCCCAUAGAAAUUGGAGAAGUGCUCCCUAAUCUAGGUUUGCUGAACGUGUCUGGAAAUAAACUUCAAGGGAGCAUACCUGCGUCCUUUGGUAACAUGGAGAAACUUGCAGUCUUAGACUUAUCCCAUAAUAAUUUCUCGGGAGAAAUUCCCCAUAACCUAACUACUAUUACUAGUUUGAGGCUUCUGAGACUAUCAAACAAUGAACUGCAGGGCAAAAUGCUAUCUGAGAAAUCCAACCUAACGGGAUUGAGGUAUUUACACCUAGAUGGGAAUCGAUUUGCAGGACCAAUUUCACCCAGCCUUUUGAACAGUCCUGAAUUGCAGAGAUUAAACCUUGCCAACAACAAUUUAUCUGGGAAACUCCCAGCUUGGCUUGGUGGUUUCUCAUAUAUGCUUGCCAUUGCAUUAGAAGGAAAUAAUUUUGUAGGACAGAUUCCAACCGAAAUAUGCCGCUUACAAAACUUACAAAUCUUAGACCUAUCUCGCAACAAUCUCAAGGGAGCUGUACCCAAUUGCUUCAAUAAUAUUAGUGCAUGGGCGAGUAAGGGGCCUAACCAGGCAAACUAUUUUAUGGGGUUUUUCGUUAUUAAAGGAGUUGAUAACGUCAUAUCUCUCAUGGAUGAAAUGGAAUUUCAAACCAAAGGAACAGAGCACAUGUAUAAGGGGAUAAUUCUUGUUCUCAUUACUGGGAUUGAUCUUUCUAUGAACCAAUUGGCGGGUCCUAUACCACCGGAGAUCGGAGACCUCAAAUGGUUGAGUUCAUUGAAUUUAUCAAACAAUCAUUUAGAGGGUGCAAUCCCAAGUUCUUUAAUGGGCCUAGAGCAAAUUGAGAGUCUGGAUCUUUCAAACAAUCAACUAGCAGGAGAAAUUCCUCAAGAGCUCCUACACCUCAAUUUUCUUUCCAAUUUCAAUGUGGCUGAAAAUAAUUUGUCAGGAGGAAUUCCCAUUGGAGGGCAAUUUUCCACAUUCAUGGAAAACAGCUAUGUUGGUAACUUGGAUCUAUGUGGCAAGCCUCUGGAGAAGAAGUGCACCACCGGCAAAGAUGAAGAUGAAGGGCAGAUGAAAGAAGAAGAAGAGGAGGUUAAGAAUGAUUCUUUACUUUUCUAUGGGAUGGUUGGUUUGUCAUAUGGGGUAGGAUUUGGGGGCUCCAUAGCCAUUCUAUUUUUCAUCCCGAAGUUGGGAACUAAAUGUUUCCAUAUCAUGGAUAGAUGUAUCCAUUUUUUCUUCGUGCGAAGGUUAUUCCGCAUUCUGGGGUUUGCUGCCACGAUGACAGGAAAUGGCUCAAGCGUCAGGUAUAACAUUGAGAGGUUCAAUGAAAAGAACAACUUCACCCUUUGGCAACGAAGGAUGAAGGAUCUUUUGAUACAGCAAGGUCUAGCUAAGGUUUUGCUAGUGAAAUUGAAAAAACCAGCAAAGAUAUACAAUGAAGAGUAG